CGUAUUACUAGUACACUACCUGAAAAAUGAAGCGUCUCCAUCCUGAAUGGAGUUCCUUCAUUGCACAAAAUCCCAACACAGCCCAUGAUGAUGAUCAGCGGAACAAUGGCUUCUACGACUCUCCAGCUGGCCAUAAAUUUAUCGCUGAAGUAUUGACGAUAGAUACGAGUGUUCCAGCCCGUGAUUAUCACAAAAUCCCUAUUCGAAUAUACACAGCCAAGCGAACAGAAUCUUCACAUGGAGUCGUAAUCUUCUUCCAUUCUGGCGGGUUUACGGGCGGCUCCCUCGAUACGGAAGAUGUCUCAUGCCGGUACAUGGCUCUGUGCGGGCCGCUCACCGUCCUUAGUGUCGAAUACCGACUUAGCCCGGCAUAUACAUACCCCAUCCCACUUAACGAUGGCUGGGAUGCAUUUCAGUAUAUAGUCUCUAAUAUCUCUAGCUUGGUGACAAAUAUCGCUCCCGGAGUGGUCAACGUAGUUCUCGCAGCUAUAGUCUCCCAACGUGCACAAACCUGGAUGAAUGGAAAUCCUUCUUGCGUAGGGAUUACUAUGAGAGGAGUUCUGCUUAGAGCGCCAGUGACUGUGCGCGGAACAGAUUCGGCUUUCAUUCCUCCUCAGUUUAGUGAUAGGCAUAAAUCGUGGCGUGCUGAAUUGGAGACAACUCUUCUCAAGAGACAGGAAAUGGAAGGGAAUCAUGAUGCACUUGGAGUUCCACCCAAUAAAAGAACCAGUCCAGAUGCGUAUCCAUUAUGGGGCCAGUUUCAGGGAUUGCCAAAAACAUAUAUCCAAAUAUGUGAUGUGGACAUCCUACGGGAUGAUGCUGUGUGCUAUGUGCAAGCCUUACGAGAUGCUGGGGUGGAAGUGCAAGAGUCGUUGUACAUGGGCCUUCCGCAUAUUUUCUGGAUUUACGCUCACCAUUUAGACAUAUCAAAGAAGGCGCAAGAGGACUGUGAACGAGGGUUGAAAUGGCUAUUAGGCUUCACUGGAUAAACAUUCUUGUCCAACAAGCAAUGAUCAACCCGUCAAUAAGAAUGAAUUUGUACUAAUUAUCGGAACAUUCCAACGCUUAUUAUGAUGUCUAAGGCAUGCUUCUGAUAACAUGCUGUUUAACUAAAUAGUAUAUAUGAGGUAGC